UACGUAUUCUACUUGUCUUAUUUUCGUAUUAUACAAAUAAUACGCGUUGUAUACGUUUUAAAUACGUAUACCUGUAUACUAAAUAGCAUCUAAAUAAACUGUUUGAGAAGUACUUUCAACACGAGGUACUUUCAAUAAGAGGCUUUCAGUUUCCGCGUCGUUAAACCAAAUCGAGCACGUUUUAUGUAGGUUAUUGAUUUUAUGUACUUGUAAAGAAAUGGCGUAUUAUCGUAAAUACAGAAGAUUAAAUGCUGAACUUAAGAAAAUCGUUAAAGAGGAGGAUAGUUUUAGUUCUAAUGAAGAUAACUCUUUGGUUACUGAUACUUUAUGUGUCAAAAAUGUAGUUUCAGUUUGCACUAAUGACGUGACUAGUAAAAAUAUCGAUUUAGGUGUGCUCUCUGAGUCAGACAGCACGUCAAAAUCCAUAUCGUUAGAGUCUGACCGAAGUUAUGAUGAAUGUGAUUUUAAUACUGUUCCAGCAAUGCAUCCUACAUUAGACGAUGAUAGUGGUCACAGUGAUAAUGGAGAUAAAGAUAUCACUUAUGGUCUAGUUAGCUUAUCAUGUAAACACAAUUUAUCAAGAUCUUGCAUGGACGAUUUACUCAAACUUUUAAGGGAAAGUGGACAUUGCUAUUUGCCAAAAGAUUCACGUACAUUACUUAAAACUCCUAGAGAAAUUGAUUAUAAACAAAAAUGUGGCAGAGAAUAUAUUUAUUUUGGUAUAAAAUGUUCAGUAUUAAAGCAGUUAGUUUUUCUUCCGAGUUUUCAUUUAAACAACGAUUCUAUAAACCUAUAUAUUAACAUUGAUGGACUUCCUUUAUUCAAAUCAUCAAAAGUUCAGCUUUGGCCUAUUUUGGGUAAAUUUGAUGGUUCAAAUGUUUUUACUAUUGCUUUAUAUUCUGGAACAAGCAAACCUAAUUGUGUUACAGAUUAUCUUGAUGAUUUUAUAAAGGAAAUAAAUAUUUUGAAAAUUGAUGGUAUUCAUUUUAAUGAUAAAAUUUAUGCUGUAAAACUUAAAGCUUUUAUAUGUGAUGCACCUGCACGAUCCUUUCUUAAGUGUAUAAUUGGUCAUACAGGUUAUAAUGCAUGUGAGCGAUGUCAAGUAAAAGGUUCUCGUGAUAGUAACAGAACUGUUUAUAAUGAUGAUAUUACUUAUCCGCUUCGUAUAAAGGAAGAGUUUAAUCAAUUUCUGUAUAUAAAUAGCCAUCAAGUGCAACUAUCACCAUUAGUUAAAAUAGAUGAUUUUGACUGCAUCAAAGAUUUCAUAUUAGAUUAUAUGCAUUUAGUGUGCCUUGGAAUUACAAAAAAAAUAUUAAUCUUUCUAAAAUCUGGUCCUAGGAUAUGCAAAUUAUCAAACUCACAGGUAUUAGAAAUAUCUGCUAAACUUAUUUCUUAUAACGGUAAACUUCCUUCAGAUUUUGCAAGGCAACCACGAUCUUUAGAAGAUUUAUUAUUUUGGAAGGCAACAGAAUUUAGGGAGUUUUUACUUUAUUUAGGUGCUAUUGUUUUAAAGGGCAUUGUUUCAGAUGCAAUAUAUGAACAUUUUUUGACAUUUAGCAUUGCAAUGCGUAUUUUAUUGUCUGAAAAUGAUGAAUUUCGUAAUUACUAUCUUGAUUAUGCUUACAAUUUAUUAGUAUAUUUUUGCAGAAAAGCCAAAUUUUUAUACGGAAAUACGUUUUGUGUAUACAAUGUUCAUUGUAUUAUACAUGUUCAUGAUGAUGUAAAAAAUUUUGGGUGUUCUUUAAAUAAGUUGUCUUCAUUUCCUUUCGAAAAUUAUAUGCAAACAUUAAAGAAGUAUAUAAAAAACUCCAAAAGUCCUAUUGUGCAAAUAGCAAAACAGCUUUCUGAGUUGGAGAAUUUACAUUUUAUGAAAAAUACAAAAACCCUGGUCAAUAAAGUUAGUAUUCGUUUUCGUGACUCUUUAUUUUUAUUAGAAGACAGCACUUUCUGUUUUGUUAAAGAGAUAGAUGGAGAAAAUUGUAUAUGUGAUACCUUUAAGAAUGAUCAACUUGUAUCCUUGUAUAAAAGUCCUAUUGAUUCUAAGGAAUUAAAUGUUGGUAUAAUAGAUAUGAAAAAGAUUCGUUUUUGUCAAAAAAUGUUAUCCUUGGUUAAGUUAAAUAUGGCAAGCAAAACUGUUAAAAAUAAGUUACUUUGGACAAGAGUUGUGUGGGAAGAAAAAGUUGGUUCUCAAUUUGAAGAUGUAAUUCCAGCCCAUUGGGUAAAUGAAAAUAAGUGCGUGGUAUUUUGGCCGUCAACUAUGUCAGCCCAAAGAGCCAUUUUGGAACAAAUUAGCGUUGACAAAACAUGGAGAAAGUUUAAAUGGAUUAAAACUAAAAUUGUGGAUGGAAUCAUUACUAGUGUCGAACCCGAACUUCCUAAACCGCCAAUAAUCACUUUCAAGGAAAAUAAAAAAUCUCACGUUGUAGAUUUUCAUACCAAUCAUACAGAGUCUAGAGUAUCAGUAAAAACAAAAAGACAUACAAGUCCCUUUGAAUUUACAACAGGAACGUCAAUUAAAAGAUCUAAAAAUGAAGCAAAAGACUUGCCAAUUGCUAAGGAAGAAAUUAUUAACUUUGUGGCUUCAAAAGACAACAAAGAUGAAUUUUCUAUGUCUGAAGAAAAAUAUCGAAAGCAAUCCCUAAAGUUGUUAAUAGAAAUUAGAGAUGGGAUUAACCGAUUAUUAAACACACCGAGUGUCAGUGGAGCUAUCAAUAUAGUUAAAGUUAAUGAUAUUUCAGAACUAUAUGCUGCAAAUGAUGAAUUGAAAGAUGCAGCAGUAAGGAGAAAUGCUAUAGAAAUGUUAAAAUGUGUAGGGGGAAAUGAUUGUGGCGAAAUGGUGCGCAAUAUUUUAGACAGGUUAUUUAGCAUUUCUGUAAUGUCGAAAAUGAACAUGAAAGGGUCAUCUAGACAAGGGGAAGCAAAGAUAGCAUUUAAGAAUUUAGAAUUCUUUAGUUUGAUUCAAGAGGUAGUCACCAGGCAAUUCAAUAACGUUUCAACAAAAGCACUUACAGCAGCUAUAGGAAAUAAGCUAAAAAAUGCCCCUGGACAACUAAAACGCGACCAAGCAUCAAGUUGAAAAUGUUGUAUUGUGAUUGAAUUAAAUAUUGAUUUGAUAUA